AUGCACGAUUCACGAGUCUCUCUUGCUAUGGCACUAUCCAUAUACACGAUCAUUUUUCUUUUCAUUUACUAUGUCUUCACCAAAGUACGGCCUGCAGACAAAGCACCUAGAGUACCAUCCCCUCCUGGCUUGCCUCUGAUCGGGAACACUUUACAACUCUCCUCUCAACCACACCGUCAAUUCCAGAAAUGGGCCCGGCAAUACGGCGAGAUAUAUCGCGUCCGCCUGGGGCUGAUGAACUGGUUCAUGCUCAACUCUCCUGAAGCAGUAAAGGAAAUACUUGAUAAGCAGUCCGCCCUGACCUCGUCGCGACCCCCAAUGCCUGUUGUAUCCGAUGCUUUAUCGGGAGGAAUGCGGUUUCUCUUUAUGCCAUAUGGCAUAGAAUGGCGACGUUCAAGAACAAUUAGCCACAAAUUGCUGACACCGCGAAUGGCGGAGUCAAUUCAGCCCUCACAAGAAUUUGAAGCGAAGCAAUUGCUGCAUGAUCUACUGACAGAUAAUGCCAGCAUGACCGAAUUUUAUAUGCAUAUACGUAGAUACACUGUAUCUGUGCUUAUGACAUCGACCUACGGAAAGAGAAUACCGCAAUGGGAUUGCGAUGACGUAAAGGGAAUUUAUCAGAUUCUCAAGGACUUUUCAUACGUUUCUACCCCGGGACGUUAUAUUGCCGACGGCGCACCAAACCUGGCCAAUCUCCUUCCAGACCAAUUGAAAUGGUGGCGUCGAUCUCUUCGGCCGAUGUUUGCUCGGCAAAAGACCAUUUGGAUGGGUUUUUGGUCUCGUCUACAAAGACAGAUGGACACGGGAGACGCGCCCCAGUGUUUUGUCAAGCAAUUCAUCCAGUCACAAUAUCAUAACUUUGGGUUUACAGAAGUCCAGGCUGCAUUUCUGGCAGGGUCGCUUAUAGAAGCCGGCGCGGAAUCCACUUCGGCAGCAAUGAAUAGUUGCAUGCUCUAUCUCUCAGGGCACCCUGAGGUUCAGCAACGUGCGCACGAAGAACUUGAUUCAGUGGUAGGCUCCGCCCACUCUCCUACUUUCAGUGACAUGGAACGGCUCCCCUACAUCCGAGCUAUCGUCAAGGAGAUUCUCCGUAUCCGCCCACUCGCCAGCAUGGGUAUACCGCAUUAUGCCACCGCCGAUGUCACUUAUAAGGGGUUUACGAUUCCCAAGGGAAGCGUUAUUGCCAUACAACAAUAUGCUGUUCAUCGCGAUCCAAGCAUGUUUCCAGACCCAGAUAUUUUCAUGCCGGAGCGAUACCUUGGCCAUCCUUACAGAUCUGGUGUUUAUGCAGCCUCAGCAAACCCACGUGAGCGUGACCACUGGAACUUUGGGGCCGGCCGACGUAUUUGUCCCGGUAUGUAUCUUGCUGAAAAUAGUCUUUUCAUCACGAUUGCCAAGAUAUUAUGGGCAUUUCAAGUGAUGGCACCUGAUAAGGUGGACAUGUCGGACGAUGCGUAUGAGGCUGGCUCGAUGACCAUUCCAAAGCCAUUCUUAGCGCAAUUUAUCCCGCGUAGUCAAGCCAUUGAAAAUGUCUUGAAGAUGGAGUGGCAGAACGCAGAGCUCGAAAUUCAUACAUCGUGA